CUCCCACAGCGAUUUGCAGCCAAUUGUGUUCUUCUGCCGUCAGACUUUGAUGCCUACGGCUCCAUGGGAUCUUGAUGUCCUCCAAAAGCGAGUAAUUCCGGACAUCCAUUACAAUCCAGACUCCUCAACCCCGCCAAGUUCAACAGAAAUUGAAAAAGGAAGCACCUCGAUUGAGGAGGGUAAGAAAGUACUGGCAGACAAGCCAACCACAGUGGGACGUUCCUUGCCAAAGAGCGAGAUAGAAAAAGACAAGCCAAAUAAGAGUAGUGGAGCAGACAAGUCCAAAAUCUGCGGAUCAAGAAACGGUUGCGGCAUUGUCG